AUGUCCAACCCAAAGUCCAAGACUGUUAGUUUUCUAUACUUUUUAGCUGAUCUCUAUGUGUCAAUCUUUGAUCAUACAAAGCCACCUGAGGAAGCUGCAAUGAGAGAAGCACAUGAAGAGGCUAUUCAAAAGGAGAUGACCAAUUUUGAUGACAUUGUAGUGGGAUCUGGUCCUGCUAGACAAAAAUACGAAAAAGGUUUUCAUAUGUUUUUGAAAAAGGCUUUUACGGAUCAUAAAAAGAAUGACUUAUGUCUCAAACCAAAUUGCCUUUAGUUGAGACACAACAUGAACAAUAUGAUCAUCUUCAACAAAAAAAAUAUGAGGAUGCUCAACAAAAGAACGUGAAGUUUUAACAGAAAAAUAUGGAUGUUUAAGCAAAGUCUGAACAACUUGCACAAGCUUUGAGUGAACAUGUCAAAAAAUUUAUUAAUCAAUGAUAGAAUAUUAUGUAUCGAAUAGCGUUUUAUGUUAAUUAGUAGCGAGUUCUGAUUUUGAAAUAUGUAUCUUUUGAUGUAUUAGAUAUUUAUUUUAGUUUCUAUAGAAAUACUCUGUUACUUGUGAUUUUAUAUCAAUUGCAUUUUUAUAAA